CAGUCCAACACAUUUGACAGGAUAAACAGCUCAAGUUUUGAUAGAAACAGGAUUAUAGAUAUUGUAACCAUGGCAACAGGAUGUCAGCAGCUUGUCCCAGAGUGUAUCUGGUCUUGUGUGUUACUGGUAGACAGGGAACAACUCAGUGGAAUCUCCAUACAGGCCCUGGUUUGUCACAAACUUGACUAACUUAACCACAAGUUCCUGUUGACUUGAAGUCUUGGAGGUUAGUUGUGUGUGUCAGUUAAUGGAGGAAGCUGGUGGAACUCGGUGCUAUUUGGAAAAAAGGACAUUUGCUUGUCAUCCAUUUUGUUGGAAAAAGUGUUCCCCAAUCUGCAGGAGGAGGUUCUACCCAGUGGAUACUGGGCUGUUGUACUUACACAACUUUGUGCUUGGUCAUCACUUGAAGUUUGAAACAAGCAGGACAUCAGCAACAUUUUUAAACUUUAUGACUGAUCACAUUUGAAAAAGAUCAGUUUCAAAUGUUUGGUGGAUAUUAGACAAUCUCUGUCUGGACUUUUGCCAUUUUUGCCUUGUUGAAUGUUGUGAGGUUGUCAGCACAUUGAUCUAAGUAUGGUUCUGACAGGGACCAUUUAGCAAGUUGACAAGAACUGGCUGUACUGAUAAAGUGUCCAUCCUAGCUCUCACCACUUUAUGGUGGGGCCACAGCACAUGUUUACAGAUUUCUGGAGAGAUAAGUCCUCUCUGCUGUGAUUUGCAUCCAUCAAAUACCAUAAUGGACCAGCCUGAUUCUCACAUGCAGAUAUGAGAGUUAUGAGGCAAACAGUUGUUCACUAGCACUGUGAUGUGCUUAUUUCCCACAGUGUUUUAACCACCACAACACUGAGGCCAAGUCCUCUCAUUACUGACUAGACCACGUGGGAACUAAUAUUGUCAUCUCAGGCCUACAUUCUGUUCUCAUCACCUCCUUGUAAGUGUGGCACAUGGAUGUAGACCAUACACACUAAAGGAGGAUUAGCUGGAGGUGCCACCAAGUCACCUGUAGCCUGCACUCGGUGGUAUUCCUGCAUAUACCCCAACAAUUUGGAAACUUGUUUAUGUUGUGUAUGACUGUCAGCGUUGGUACAGUACUAGAGUGUGAAGGAAUAUGUUUACGAGUAUCCAGGCUGUGGGUAGAGACAAACGCUACUAAAUCCCUGUGUCCAGGAAAACGUUUACCACGUUGUCUGUGAUCCAUUUGACUUUACCACAACAGGGCAAGAUGACACAGAUCAUGCCGAUAUCCGCCUUCUUGGAGAACCUCACCAUGGUGAAGCGGUCUCGACUUGAUAACGAAUCUGAGUUGGUCGACAACACCAGCCCUGUGGUGUCAGCAGCAUCAAGGUUAGUGGAUCUGCAGCCCCUGUCUAGCAGUCCAGGCAGCAGCUCUCACCUUGACAGUGCCACCAACUCCCCUCUCAGCCAAGCUCAGGCGCAGGCUCAAGCACAAGCUCAAGCACAAGCCCAGGCUCAAGCACAGGCUCAGGCCCUCUCUGACACACUCAACACAAAUGGCACUGCUGAGGGCAGCUUGGUUCUGCCCGUGUCAGAUGGGACAACCUAUGCCAACCCCAACUCUUGGGUGAUCAGCAACACUGUUAAUGCAUCCUCAUUGAUUGUAAAGAGUGAACCCUCCACAGAGAACAGCUCGUCUGAGUCUCCCUUCACGGCAAGCACAGCCAGUGAUAAUCUGGACACUUUCACAGCUGACCCAAACAAGGCUUCUCCAACUUUCCAGAAUUCUACAUAUCCAGCCAACUUUUAUAAAACUGCUGGCCAGUUUGCUCAAAUCCUCACAACAUCAGCAGCAGCGGAGGUGAACAGCAUCAUCACAACAACCUCCACACAGGACACUGCCGCCACUGUUGCUGCUGUCGCCGCUGCUGCCACAACUGCCACCACAGAAAACAACAUGGCCUACGUCGGUGGGCAGAGUUCAAAUUCUUUUAUUCCAUCAACGGGGUACCCGUAUCAGGGUGGCCAGAACCCAUACAGCAUGCUGCCUUCUGCCUAUGGGACCGAGUUGGGGAAACUUAAAACCCAGCCCAGCCAAGUCGUGUCGCCUCCUAGCUAUAUGGCAGGAUAUAAUCCUUUAAAUCAACCAAGCCAAAGCUAUUAUGGUCCUAAUACAAAUAUCCCUUACACAAACACAGCAGGAAGUUUUAGCUCACAAACGGCCAUAGAUGGGUACUACACUGGUUAUGGUACAACAAGUACCGGCUUCUACCCCCAGUACCCCUACAACAUCCCGACAACGUCAGUGUCCACUGCAUCCACAGUGCCUUCUACACAGACAUAUCAACUCAUUGAUGUCCCCAACACCACCACCACAGUCUCGACAAAGUGUGCCAAUGGACUGUAUCAUCUGCAUGGGCACCAAAUAGACAGUUUACGCCAGUUGUCUAGUGAACACAGUGACCAACAACUCACACCUAGUGUGCAUGAAGCAGCAGAGAGUCAAUAUAACAUAACCAGUCCAUCCCCACCUUUGAAACAAGAGAAUGGUAGCACAGGCAAGAGAGUACCAAGGAACCGUGGGCGGCGAACACAGCCCUCACCAGGGCCAGAGUCUGACUUAGAGAGAGUUUUUGUAUGGGAUUUAGACGAAACGAUAAUUAUCUUUCACUCUCUUCUAACUGGGUCUUAUGCACAGAGAUAUGGCAAGGACCCCCCUGCUAGUGUGUCGUUAGGAUUACGCAUGGAGGAGAUGAUUUUCAAUCUAGCUGACACGCAUUUGUUCUUUAAUGAUUUAGAGGAAUGCGACCAGGUUCAUAUAGAUGACGUUUCUUCUGAUGACAAUGGACAAGACUUAAGCAAUUAUAAUUUUGCCACUGAUGGUUUCCAUGCGGCGGCUAGCAAUGCGAACCUGUGUCUGGCGACUGGCGUGCGGGGUGGGGUGGACUGGAUGAGAAAGCUGGCCUUCAGAUACAGGCGCAUUAAGGAGAUCUAUAACAGCUAUAGGAACAAUGUCGGAGGUUUGUUGGGUCCUCAGAAGCGAGAUCCAUGGCUGCAGCUGAGACAGGAGAUUGAGAGUUUAACCGACAACUGGCUCACUCUGGCUCUCAAGUCUCUCUCUAUCAUCAGCUCUAGAAAUAACUGUGUGAAUGUUCUGGUUACGACGACGCAGCUUGUUCCGGCCCUGGCCAAAGUUCUAUUGUAUGGUCUUGGGGGUGUAUUCAACAUUGAAAAUGUCUACAGUGCAACAAAAAUAGGUAAAGAGAGCUGUUUUGAGCGGAUCAUCUCACGGUUUGGCAGGAAGUGCACUUAUGUUGUUGUAGGCGAUGGUCGGGAUGAGGAGUCGGCAGCCAAACAGGUAAUGAACUGGCCUUUCUGGAGGAUAUCCAACCAUUCCGAUCUUGCAGCCCUUCACCAUGCACUGGAUCUAAGCUACCUCUAGACUCCCACGAGUGUUAUAGCCACUAUAUAAUACAUCUUUUGAUUGGUUCUCUGAGAUUACUGUCCAGUGACAGACGAAGCGCCACAAGGCGGUGAAUGAGUGAGCACACAUCCCAUAAUAUACUCAUGAUUGUGCAGUGAUACUCGUGUGCCCACAAGCAGUGACUGACUGACUUACUCAAAAGGAUCGCCAGAUCUGGAGCAGGACCCUCUCUAAAUCACCUGAUGACAAAUGGAUGCUUCAGAAUCUGGCCUACUCAUUUCCGGGUAUUAUUGUGAUAUCCGUUACCCUGACAAUCAGGAGAGAGAAGAGAGGACUAUAUGGCAGACUGCACCUUUUGCAGAAUCACCUACUCACAGUUCUUGAGAACAAUCUCCUUGUUUUGAGAAUGAUGACUGUAUUUAUUACUGCAUGUUGAACUAAAGGGAUCAAACUAAAAGACGAUCGCACAAACUGAGCAUUAUCGCAUAUUGGUUUCUGCACGUUGGACCUCCAACACGUCUGGCUGCCGACAGCUCGAUGGAUGUAUUGACAGUGCGUGAUGCAGACAUCUGACACAGUGCUAUAAGGACUAUCAAGUCCUGUUUACCCACACAAAUGAAUAGAAUCCAGAAAGAAAGUUCACUUUGAAAACAAUAAAUUCACAAAGAACCUUAUGCCUUAGGAAAAUCAUUCCCAGAGAAUUUGUUGAGAGCCGAGAUUUUAUUUUGGUGCUGAUCUUGAGACUGUGACCUUGACCUUGUUCUUUGUGUGCGUGUGCAUGUUGCGUUACAAUAACGUUGGCUUGUAGCGGACAUAGUGGCAUUGACCAAUGAAUAUGUCUGCAAGAAAAAUACACUCACAGGAGCGAGAUGGCUUUCUGAAUUAUGGCAUGCAAAUGUGCCGGUCUUUAGCAGAUUGUGAGUGUGGGUCUGUUGCCCCAGGCAGCAGUAUGUACCUCCUCCCUCACACGCGGACCUGCCAUCAGGAUUUGUUUAUUCCAUGUAGGUAGCCUCAUUGGAAUCAGUGUUGAGUGUUGUGUUUUCCUUGUUUAAAUCCAGUCUUAAAACUUGUAAUCUGGACAAAUGUGAUUUCAAACACCAAUCCUAGCAUUCCAAUAAAAAUGAUCUAAUUUUUCCAUCAUUGAAAGCGCUCCUCCCUUUUACUCCCCCUUCCUUGUAACAGCGUCCGUCACUUUGAGUGUAGUGUUUCCAGUGGGCUUUAGUAUUAAUGUUUUGUUUCAUUAUGUGUCCCAGUGUGAACAGUACCGCAGUGGACCUCUGAGAGAGGAGGUAUACGUUUGCCUCCCAUGUUAUACAUACAUACAUAUAUAUAUAUAUAUUGCCAUUGGAAGAGACUUUGUGUGAUGUACAGUUCCAUUAACUGAAGACCUUCUCCUACUACCAUAUCGGCGGACUUACAAGACUGUCCAUAUGUUCUGGACAACCUGUGUGUAUUCUUAUAAUGGUUUUCUAUUGUGUGCCACACAGUUUAUAUCAAAGAUGAAACUAGAUUUUGUGAUGAAGGUUUUAGGUAGCCUCCCUAUAUUCCAGUGUGGAGUGGAUAUGUGAUGCUCCUGCAUGAGGUUCCGUUGAGGUGAACUGUCUUCAUAUCACCGUGAUCAUUACAUGUCAGUCAGUGCUCACUUCAAGUCAGACUGAAGGUUACUCAAAGCUUUAAUUGUCAUUACAAAUAUGUUUUAUAAUGCUUCAUUUUAAUACUUUUAAACACAUUUUAUUAUUUAUCAAUUUGAAAACCAGCUUUAACAGGAGUUUUUAGUAGUCUCAUCAAAUCAUCAGUCUUUUAAAGGAACUUUUGAAAGAAAACAGGAUUAAUACUUAAUUGGAAAUUAAGUUAAGUCAUUUUAAUGUUGUAUUUGAUAUGAAUAUGUUAUUGUUAUUGAUCUAAGAGGGAACAUUUUGUGUGGAGGGAGAACCCUAUGAAACUAUCAAGUUUAACAUCCUACUAAGUGUGAAAGAUUUCUAGCUAACACUGUAACUGGGACAAGUGAAUCUGGCAAUAAGUCUUUUCACGCAAUUAUUCCUGAAUUCUAAUUCUUUGGUGACAUUACUACUGGGUGGUUUAAUGGGUGUACUGCUUAAUGCUAAGCCUUCCUUGUCCUUAGAAACCUUAUGGAAAGAAGAAACAUAUCUAAGAUAGGAAGAAAUUAAGACUUUUAGGCCGGCUUAUGCUGCUCUUUGUUCGAGGUUUGGGGAAGAGAAUAAGUCAAGAACAUUGUCAAUUUCUUUGAUUGGCGCUUGUCUUCGGUCAUCGAAAGGUAAAUUAUUUCUUUAUCUUUUAUUGAGUUUAAUGAGACAAACCACAGUGUUAAGUAGAUGAGUCUUGUAUUGACUUUUUAUCAUGGAUGCCACGAGAUAUUUAAACUUGAACUUUUAUUAAGCAAAUUACAUAUUUGAAAAUGUGCAAUAUUGUCAUUAUUAUGGAUACAAAACGAGUGUCAACGUCAUAGUGGAUAGAUCAUGAGUUCAUUUCAUGCAUUUGUAAUUAGAUGUCACAAUCAUUCUACAAAGUAUGCAGCCAAAUCUGGAGACGUAUUCCCACAGCAGUUGGGCAAUCCACUGUUAUUUAUGUACAAACAAUUUAAUACAUGAUUGUUUCCAUUAUACAUCCACAGUCAUUCAGACUGACUGUACAUGAAGUUUGUGAAAUGCACAAAUCUCAUUAUCACAAACAGUAUUAAUUGUUUGAGUUUUGUUGAUGCUUAGUAAAUUAUUCAUGGGACUUGCCAUUGAAGUUUAUUUUGAAAUCUCGAUACAUCUUUGAAAGUAAAAUAAACUCUUAUUAUAUAAAAAUAUUGUUUCUCAGAUUGCAGUAUAGUGUGGAAAGAAACACUGGCUUCUGAAAAUAAGAAGAGUGUUUACAAUUGCAUAAUUUGAAGGGGUGCAAAGUGAGACCAACCCAGUCCUUCUACUAACAGCAUAAUAACCACACAAUGAGUUGACCACAAUCUCCACUGGUGUAUUUCUGUGUAACAAUUAACAAUGUAUAGUUUAACUGGAAUAUCUUCAAAACUCAUAAACCUCAUCCACCUCCAGGUACAAUGUGAUGCUCUCAUCAGUAUCAGCGUACCUGGAGGACGUCACAAGACCUGUAGUCCCGGGCAGCGACAAGACAAUCAUUUGCAGGAAUCGUGUAGCCUAUUUUCUAUGUGUCAGUCGACAGCUGACUGGCUGACUGUGUUCUGUACUGUUCUGUACCAUGUCAGCCCAUGGUAAGAGUAAAAUAUUACUGUCAUUUGGUUUAUUGGAUGUUUGAAAUCCAGGGGCUGUCUUAAUCAUAAAUGGGUGCCAUUUUCCACUUAGAUGAAGUAUUGUAUAAAUAAAAGAUAUCAGGAUAUAUA